CCUGCCGAAGGUUUCCUGACAGGGCUACAGACCCUGGCACCCGAGGAGUAAUUGGCGAAUGUCACUGUUCGGUGGGCGUACGGAAGGUGGGUACGUGCAUAACUGUGGUUAAAGGUAAAGCCACCGACAGUGCCCAUACCACCCAUUCCGUUCAGGGAGCCUGAGCAGGUUGUGAAAUACUCCAUGUUUCCCACAAAAGCAGCCUGAUUCACCGUAUCUGGUCGUCUUGAGACCUAUGCUAUCACAUCAUGGCUGGAUCAUUAUCUGAUAACCCGAGGGGCAGGCAAGCGGUCGAGAUAUCUUCUGUCUUCACUGGUCUGGCUCUCAUAGCCGUCGCCCUUCGAUUGUAUACGCGCUUCUUUAUAAUUCGCUGCGUAGGGAUCGAAGAUGCCGGCAUCGCUCUCGCAAUGUUCUGCUCCAUUGGCCUGACCAUCGCCAUUGGUAUCCAAGCCGAAUAUGGUAUGGGCAGACACAUCAGCACAAUCUCACCUGAUCAUAUGGUCAAGUUCCUGAAGACAUUCUGGUUCAGUCUCAUCGUAUACUACCUAUCGCUCGGUUUGACCAAAGGAUCCAUGCUCCUCCAGUAUCGACGCAUCUUCCCGACCAAGAAGUUCCAACUCGCGAACUGGCUCACGAUGGCCGUUGUCGUCGCCUACACCAUCUGGACAGUCUUCUCCAGUAUCUUCUCCUGCACACCUGUACGAGCUUUCUGGACUCAUGAGAAGUCUACUUGUCUUAACCAAUUCGCCGUCUGGUUCACGAACGCCGCCAUCAACAUCGUCACCGAUUUCGCGAUCAUCCUUCUCCCUAUUCCGGUCAUCCAGAAGUUAAACCUCGGCAAGAGGCAGAAGAUUGGACUCAUCUCCAUCUUCGCAGUUGGCGGAUUUGUCUGCCUAGUCUCAAUUCUCCGUCUGCAAUCUCUCGUCGCGAUCUCGAACUCGGAUGAUCCCAGCUACGACAACCCGCCUGCAGCGACGUGGAGCUCCGUUGAGACAAACGUCGGCAUUAUUUGCGCCUGCCUGCCAUUGCUCAGGCCUUUGAUCACACAUUGGCUUCCAAAGGCGUUUCCAUCCAGACACCGCAGCGCAUAUUCCCACUCUCGCCCGCAGGGCGCUCGUACCUACGGAAGUAGGGGUGGCAGCAAGGCGCUGCGUACCAAAGACGACUACGUUCUAGACGUAACGAAGCGCUCAAAUGGCUCGAGCGAGGAUGCGAGAGACAUUCAGGUUGUUACGGACAUCCACGUAGAAGUGGAUGGUGCCGAUGGUAGGAGGCUAAGCGGCUGGAGAACGCCCGCUUCUCAGGCCACCUGGGCAGACGAUAUAUCCCGCAAGGAAACACAAAGGGAGAACAGCACCGAGAUGCUGGUAGACGAAAAUGCGCGUGUGUCGAGGUAGAUCCGAGACUUUUCCUUUGUUCAGUCCACACACUUUGACCUCAUUAUAUUACGAUACCCCAUGACCUACCUACUAUUAAUAGAGAGUAAUUCGACUCUUGUAAUGCCCUCAUCACUUAUAUCUUUGUAAUUAUUCGACUGUUCUCACGAUCAUACGCGAGAGCACCACUUUCUCGUUAUCUAUCGCUGCGUAUCGGAACCUCCGUCUUGAUUAAAAGAUGCUGUUCGGCUCAUCUAUCCCACUUCUCCCUGCUUAAACUCAAGAUCAGAG